CUUCUUUUUAACAUCUCAUAUUUAGUUUACGUUUUUACAAUUACCAUGAACGAUAGCUACACCAGCACAGUAGCGGACGGACCCAAACCGGAGGUCAAGGCAGUCCGGCAAGUGUUCCGCGGAAAGGACGCGUUGGGCAAAAACCACCAGCAGACCAUACUAAACGUGCUCCGCAUGGCAUGCUCUGAAGCCAUUAGGCAGCCCGACUUUGGCGAACAGAUUCAGAAAAUAAAGCAGCAGUUCUAUGUGCGCAACUUUGAUAGUAUUUUCAUGGACCCCGUUAAUCUUCCCAUCUACACGGCACAAUAUGUGCCGCGCCGCGCCUUGUGCUACUACGAUAUAUUCAGCGGCCCUGAGCUGCAAGCGAUCUUGCGGCAAAGACCAAACAUAUUCUGCCUUGGAGCGGGAUCAGGCAGCGAGCUUGUAGGAAUAUCCGCUGCCAGUUGCCAGGCGCUCGACGGCGAUGGUGCGCCCAUCACUAUACACUCGCAGGACUACACGGACUGGUCGUCAAUUCUCAGCUCGCUAGAAUAUUCAAUUAGACAAAAGUGGGGCGUUACCGAGAAGCAGAUCAAGUAUGAAUUCAGCAUAGGCAACCUCUUACACAUUACGCCCACGAUCGAAGCGCAAAUGGCCCAGGCGCAGUUGGUGACGGCAAUGUUUGUCUUCAACGAGCUUUUUUCGGACAAGGUCAAUGCAAUGAACUUUGUCAAGGCUGUUGUCAAGAACGUGAGCUCUGGAAGUUACUUUUUGUUGGUUGAUUCUGCGGGAUCGUUUUCAAAUAUCAAAGUGGGCAGCAAGAGCUACAUGUCGUACAUGUUUUUUGAUUCGCUCGCCCAGUAUUUCACACCCAUCGUUUCUGAGGAUUCAAGGUGGUUCAGGCACGCGCACGGCUUGAGUACCCUCUUGGCAUUGAGAACAUGCGGUACUUUAUCCGGCUCUAUCGGAAGAAGUAGCAACCCUUGUUAGAUUGAAAAUUGAAGAUGGUGUACAGCAUAGAAUAUACACGUGAUAUUACCCCUGUAACUCGGCUUUUUGUCAUUGAAAGAUUA